CGCGUUGGCCUGGACGUGGCACCGAGGAGGAGCCGCUGUUCUCCGCCCGUUUUCUCCGCUCUCCCAGCCACUGUUCUCCGCCCGUUUUCUCCGGCUCCGACCAGCAGCUUCUCCCGGAACCGACCAGCCGACUCACCCCGCCUAACAAGCCGCCGUGGGACUCUGGGAAGAUGGGUCUGACCAUCUCGACGCUGUUCUCCAGGCUCUUCGGGAAGAAGCAGAUGCGGAUACUGAUGGUCGGUUUGGACGCAGCCGGUAAAACUACGAUUCUGUACAAACUGAAGCUCGGAGAGAUCGUCACCACCAUCCCGACUAUCGGUUUCAACGUGGAGACGGUGGAGUACAAGAACAUCUGUUUCACAGUCUGGGACGUCGGCGGUCAGGAUAAAAUCAGACCUCUGUGGAGACACUACUUCCAGAACACACAGGGUCUGAUCUUCGUGGUGGACAGUAACGACAGAGAGAGAGUAACAGAGUCGGCGGAAGAGCUCUCCAAGAUGAUCCAGGAAGACGAGCUGAAGGAAGCGGUGCUUCUGGUGUUCGCCAACAAACAGGAUCUUCCCAACGCCAUGGGGGUCAGCGAGCUGACCGACAAGCUGGGGCUGCACAGCAUGCGUAGCAGGACCUGGCAUGUCCAGGCCACCUGUGCCACUCAGGGGACGGGUCUCUAUGAGGGUCUGGACUGGCUGUCCAAUGAGCUGUCGAAGCACUAGACCACCUAACAGGAAGCAGGAAGCAGUAGACUGAUGUCAUCGACUGAUCUCACGACUGAUGUCACCGUGUACAAACGAAGGCAGCGGAGCUUCACAGGACUGUUUGGUUUCUUUUUUUUAAAUUAUAAAUGUGUGUCUGUAGGAGGAAGUGAUGUCAUGAACUCUGAGCUCACCUUGAUUUCCCAGCAUCCUCUUCUUCUUCUGUUUUUUUUUCUUUUAAUCCGCAUGUUUUAACUCAGAAUCAUGUGACAGGAUGUCGUGGAAGAGGAGGGGCGGGGCUUACAGCAGGUGGCGGUCACCUGGGGGGCAAGGGGGCGGGGUUUAAGGCAGGUGAUGACUCAUUCCACAGAACCGAGCUGUCGGCCGUCAUUCCUAAUUAAUGUGAAGAAGAAGAAACGCAGCGACGACGAUGCAAUAAAGGUUCUUUUUUUCUUCUCAUGUG